GCCGGGAACUGGGGCCGCCGCCGCCGCCGGCGCCGCGCGCGGUGCGAGGACGCGAGCCAUGGAGGAGACACCGCCCCCACUGCAAGCCGGCAGCAAGCCUCACCUUGAGAAGUUGACCCUGGGCGUCACUCGCAUCCUGGAAUCUUCCCCAGGUGUGACAGAGGUGAGCAUAAUAGAAAAGAUGCCUGCUGAACGUCAUAUGAUUUCUUCAUGGGAACAGAAAAACAAUUGUGUGAUGCCCGAGGAUGUGAGAAACUUCUACUUGAUGACCAAUGGUUUUCACAUGACCUGGAGUGUGAAGCUAGAUGACCACAUUAUUCCACUGGGAAGCAUGGUGAUUAACGGCAUUUCAAAACUGACUCAGCUCAUCCAGUCUUCUGUGUACUCACUUCCUAAUGCACCAACUCUGGCAGACCUGGAGGAUGAUACUCAAGAAGAAAAUGAAGACCACCAGCUAGAGAAGCCUCACUUUGACUGUCGCAGUGCAAUAUUUGAGCUGGAUUCAUGCAAUGGGAAUGGGAAAGUUUGCCUCGUCUACAAAAAUGGGAAACCUGGGUUAGCUCAUGACACUGAGAUAUGGUUCCUGGACAGAGCAUUAUACUGGCAUUUUCUCACAGACACCUUCACCGCCUAUUACCGCCUGCUCAUCACCCAUCUGGGCCUGCCCCAGUGGCAGUACGCCUUUACCAGCUAUGGCAUUAGCCCACAGGCCAAGCAAUGGUUCAGUAUGUACAAACCCAUCACCUACAACACAAGCCUGCUCACAGAAGAGCCCGACACCUUUAGUCUGGAUAUGCUUCGCUUAUCUUAUGGUCGAUGUCAUAAAACCGUCCAAAUGAAAUAG